AUGGCCGCCAGCGGGUGGCUGCGCGGUCCGGCCAUUGGACAGGGCUCCACCGCAACGGUCUACCUCGCCACCACCACCACCUCCUCCUCCUCCGCCGCUGGCCGAACGCAGCAGACCUUCGCCCUAAAGUCGACGGAGCUCUCCCGGUCCACCUCCCUGCAGAGAGAGCACGCGAUGCUCUCUUCUCUCAGCAACCCCCACCUGGUCGCCUCCCUCGGCGCCACCAUCACUUCCGAGCCCGGCGGCAGGAUCUUCUUCAACCUGGCCAUGGAGUACGUCCCCGGCGGCGACCUCUCGGAGGAGAUCAAGCGCAGCGGACCACUCGACGAGCCCGCCGUCAGAGGAUACACCAGGGGGAUCCUCUCCGGCCUGGCUUACCUCCACUCCGCCGGAAUCGCCCACUGCGACGUCAAGGGGGAGAACAUCCUCCUCCUCGGCUCCGGUGGCGACGCCACCGUGAAGAUCGCCGACCUGGGUUGCGCCAGGUGGGUCGACGGAGGCGACGAAGCCAUCUCGGGUACUCCGCUGUACAUGCCGCCCGAGGUGGCCAGAGGGGAGCAGCAGGGGGCGGCGGCGGACAUAUGGGCUCUCGGGUGCACGGUCGUGGAGAUGAUGACGGGGAAGCGGGCGUGGCCCAACGUGACCGACCCAGUCGCCGCCAUGCACAGAAUCGCCUUCUCCGGCGACGUGCCGGAAUUCCCCCCCAACGUCUCCGGAGAGGCCGUGGACUUCUUGGGGAGGUGCCUCCGGAGGGAACCAGAGGAACGGUGGUCGGCGGAGGAGCUGCUUCGUCAUCCUUUCGUCAACUGUGAGGGCCAGUUCGCCGCCGGUGGGUCGUCGGGACCGGAGACGAAAGCUUCUCCCAGGAGCGCUCUCGAUUGGGGAUUCUGGGUAGCGGAAGAGGAGGAACCGGAGGUGGAGGAGGGGCUUCCGGCCAACCCCCAUGCUGAGGAUUUCUCCUCGGAUUCUAUGGCCGAGCGUCUACGACGACUGACAAGCUGCGGCGUUCCACUCUCUCCUGCGCCUGAUUUUCUUCCAUGGGAGGAGAGCUCGUGGAUGACAGUGAGAAGUGCAGUCGAAGUCGUCGUCGGCGCGGCGAGUAGUCUCCUUUUCCGACACCGGUGA